UGUUAGUUUUCUGCCACCUACAGGACAGACAAUGAAGCUGAAGGAACUUGAGCGGCCAGCUGUCCAAGUGUGGAGCCCAGCCAGUCAGUAUCCUGUGUAUCUGGCCACAGGAACAUCUGCCCAACAGCUAGAUGCCUCCUUUAGCACAAAUGGCACAUUGGAAAUCUUUGAGGUUGAUUUCAGGGAUCCUUCUAUGGACUUGAAACAAAAAGGAGUCCUUUCUGCCUCGAGCAGGUUUCACAAGCUGAUCUGGGGAAGCUUUGACAAUGGGCUUCUGGAAAGCUCCGGGGUUAUUGCAGGUGGUGGAGACAAUGGCAUGCUUACUCUGUACAAUGUGACCCACAUCCUGUCUUCUGGAAAGGAGCCUGUGAUUGCCCAGAGACAGAAGCACACAGGAGCUGUCAGAGCCCUUGACUUUAAUCCUUUCCAGGACAACCUGCUGGCCUCAGGGGCAAGUAAUUCUGAAAUAUUCAUUUGGGAUUUGAAUAAUCUGAGCGUUCCAAUGACCCCAGGAUGUAAGUCACAGCAGCCCUUAGAAGACGUCAAGGCACUCUCUUGGAACCGGCAAGUCCAGCACAUUCUGUCUUCUGCUCAUCCCAGUGGCAAGGCAGUUGUAUGGGAUCUCAGGAAGAAUGAACCUAUCAUCAAAGUCAGUGAUCAUAGCAGCAGGAUGCAUUGCUCGGGCCUGGCCUGGCACCCAGACAUAGCUACCCAGUUAGUGCUGUGCUCAGAAGACGACCGUCUCCCAGUGAUUCAGUUGUGGGACUUACGUUUUGCCUCCUCACCCCUGAAGGUGCUAGAGAGCCACAGCAGGGGAAUUUUGUCAGUGUCAUGGAGCCAAGCUGAUGCUGAGCUGCUGCUCAGUAGUUCCAAGGACAACCAGAUCUUGUGCUGGAACCUUGGGAACAGUGAGGUGGUGUAUAAGCUACCCACACAGAGCAGCUGGUGCUUAGAUGUUCAAUGGUGCCCUCGGAACCCUCCAGUGUUCUCUGCUGCCUCCUUUGAUGGCUGGAUCAGUUUGUACUCUGUCAUGGGCAGGAGCUGGGAAAUCCAACACAUGGUACAGGCUGACAAGAUCUCCUCUUCCUUCAGCAAAGGCCAGCCUCUUCCACCAUUGCAGGUACCAGAGCAUGUGGCCCAAGCAUCAUUGAUACCUCCCUUGAAAAAGCCCCCAAAAUGGAUUAGAAGGCCAGCAGGUGUUUCAUUUGCUUUUGGGGGGAAGCUGGUCACUUUUGGCCUUUCCAGUACCCCUUCCCAGAAGUUGCCACAGCCUUGUCCCCGCCUUGUCUUCAUCAGUCAAGUCAUUACAGAAUCUGAAUUCCUGAUGAGGUCACUUGAGCUUCAGGAGGCCUUGGGAUCAGGAAAUCUCAUGAAAUAUUGUCAGAACAAGAGCCAGCAGGCUUUGCUGCCAUGUGAAAAGAUGCUCUGGCAGUUCCUGAAGGUGACUUUAGAGCAAGACUCAAGAAUGAAAUUCCUAAAGCUUUUAGGAUACAAUAAAGAUGAGCUUCUAGAGAAGGUGACCACAUGGUUGAAGAGGGACUUGGGGCCAGCAGAGAGUCCUCAGCCCAAGAAAGAUAACUUUAACAGUAACAGACAACAAGUCUUCUGCAGCCAGGCCUCCAAACAUACUACAGAGGAUGCCUCUGCAUCCUCAGCCUUCUUUGAUGAGCUGGUUCCUCAGAAUAUGACCCCAUGGGAGAUCCCCAUCACAGAAGACACUGAUGGACUCCUGAGCCAGGCCCUGCUGCUUGGGGAACUGAGUUCUGCUGUGGAGCUGUGUCUGAAGGAAGAGCGUUUUGCUGAUGCUAUCAUCUUGGCUCAGGCUGGGGGCACAGAUCUGUUGAAACGGACACAGGAGCGCUAUUUGGCCAAGAGGCAAACCAAAAUUUCCUCGCUUCUAUCCUGUGUUGUACAGAAGAACUGGAAGGAUCUGGUGUGUUCCUGUAGCCUGAAGAACUGGAGAGAGGCACUGGCCUUACUGUUAACAUACUCAGGGCCAGAGAAAUUCCCUGAGCUCUGUGACAUGCUGGGGACUCGCAUGGAGCAGGAGGGUGGCAGGGCAUUAACCUCUGAAGCUACACUCUGUUAUGUGUGCUCAGGGAAUGUGGAACAGCUAGUAGAGUGCUGGGCAAAAGGCCACCAGGCCUCAUCCCCCAUGGCUCUGCAGGACCUGAUAGAGAAGGUAAUGGUCCUUAACAGGAGCUUGGAACUUCAGCAGGCUCCUAAUGGGAUAAGCCCAGGCCCUACCACAACCUACAGGAUCACCCAGUAUGCCAACCUCCUGGCAGCUCAGGGCAGCCUUGCCACUGCCAUGAGCUUUUUACCCAAUGACUGUGCUCAGCCACCAGUUCAGCAGCUAAGAGAUCGGCUUUUUCAUGCCCAAGGUUCUGCUGUCCUGGGUCAACAGUCCCCCCCUUUUCCCUUUCCCUGGGUUGUUGUGGGAGCUACCACCCGCUUCAAAGAGACAUCAUCUUACAGAUUGGGAUCCCAGCCUUCUCACCAGGUUCCAAGUCCAUCUUCAAGGCCUACGGACACAUUUCAGCCAUCACUAGUAAUGCCCUUGACACCCUCCUAUCAUAUCCCCUGUCAGAGCUCCAGGAUGAAGACUAUAAGUGACUACAGGACACCUGAACCCCAGGCAAUCCAGCCUUUGCCUUUGGGCCCUGGGGUCAGGCCUGCUUUAUCUCAGCUGCAACUAUUAGGAGGACAAAGGGCUCCACCCUCAAACCCUGUGAGAUUCCCUGGAACAUGGCCUGUUUCUGGUCUUCCUCCACUCAUGGCAGCCCCAGACAUCAUGGUGCCUGGCUCUACUUCUCUGUCUGAGACUCCUAGACUACUCCCUCUGCCUUCUGUGAGACCACCAGGUCCUAGCCCUCUGAGCUCCCAGCUCCUGGCCCCUCCUGCCUACUCUCCUGUAACUUACCCUCCCGGAGGGCCAGGUGCUCCAUGCUCUAGCUCUCUCUCAAGUGCUAGCAUCUUGACCCCUCAUCAAGGACCUCAAAAUUCGUGGAAAAAUGUUCCUACCCCUCAAGGAAAUCUCCAGAGGAAAAAGCUCCCGGAGGUAUUUAUGCCUCUAGCACCAAUUACUGCUCCAGUUAGGAGCCUUAUCCCUGAGCCACAACGGGUCCUUCCAUCACAGACCCCCAUUUCCAGUGUGAAUCAUGCUCCCCCUGGAGCUCCAGGAGAACUCAGCCUACAGCAACGUCAGCAACCACCUCCUAAGAUGAUAGAAAGAAAGGCACUGCCCCCAGAGCAUCAGUCCUUGAAGACCAGCUUUGAGGCACUUCUCCAGCACUGCUCCCUUUCUGCAACUGACUUAAAGACAAAAAGGAAGCUGGAUGAGGCUGCCCAACGUCUAGAAGGUCUAUAUGAGAAACUCUGUGAGGGGACGCUCUCACCUCAUGUCCUGGCUGGGCUACAUGAAGUUGCCCGAUGUGUGGAUGCAGGAAGCUUUGAGCAGGGCCUCGCAGUGCACGCCCAGGUGGUGGGCUAUAGCAGCUUCAGCGAAGUGUCCAGCUUCAUGCCUAUCCUGAAGGCUGUCCUCACCAUUGCACACAAGCUGCAGGGCUAAGCCAGUCAGCCUCUCUUGCCAAGAGGCCACUUCUGUAUUACUUAACUACCCCCCCGCCCCGCAGAGAAGAAAAAUUGUGCAACAGAUUCUGUUUGUUUUUCCCCACUUUCUUCCCUUGCUGCCAGGUAUAUGAUGCUGUGGACUUGGCUCCAAACCAUCUGAGUUCCUGUUUUGUUUUUUUUUACCCCUUUAUGCCUGACCACCUCCUGUCUAUCCAAAACACUCAGCGCUGGAGGCAGGACAUAGAGCCAGGUCUUACUUUCCCUAAUAUAGUUUUCUGACAGGACCUAGGCCAUGAGGUCUUCUCCCCCAGGGAUAUUCUGUUCGAGUGGCUUGUGAUAGGGUGAACAGGGUCAUUACUUCCAAUUCUACCUCUACUGUGACCUAUCUUGGGAAUCUUUUGUUUUUCCCUUCUGAGGUUUGUGAGCCUGACCUUACCUUCUCCUUGCCUCUGAUUUUAUAUUUCCAGAUCCAUAUUCCCUUGUAGCCCCAGCAGCUGGGGACAAGUUGGGUGCUGUUUACCAUUCAAACAAGUCAUAGACAUGAGGGUUUGCAGUUGAACAGAACCAAGAGAGGAAGUUCUAGUCUUUUAAAAAUGGAACCUGUCAUGUGCCAGCAUUUUUUAAGGGUAAGCAAAGUUAAGGAGCAGGCAGAAGGGGUGAACUGCCUUUUGCUGGGAGCUAUCUUAGGCUAUGAGAUAGGAGCAGAGGGACAACAGCCUACAAAGGAAUGGUCUUCAACUCCACAUUUGAGCCUGGCCCAAGGACUUAAGCUAUUCAUUCUGUGAUUAUAAGCCCUAUUCUGGAAUAGGAACCAUAUUAACAAAAGAUGUCUUCUAGCCCUGCUCCUCAAGGGUUGGGAUUCUUCUUCCCCUCAGCCACCAUAUAUCUCAGGGCUUCCUUCUCUGGCUGCAUUUUCAUGGUAGGAAUUCUGCAUUUGAUGUAUGAUAUAUUUAAUAAUGCAAUAAAGCUGCUUUGAUUUGGUUUGCUCA